AUGGAUUUCAAUGGUGACAAGUAUUAUAAAAUUAUAAGAGUUAGCUAUAGUAUAUUCGGUUUAUCUUCAUAUAAAUACACUCGAUUAAAGAUAUUUCAUAUUGCUGUCAUAUAUUUAAUAUUUUCGAUCGCUAUAUAUUUAAUAUUCGCUCCCACUUAUACGAAUAUUUGUACUCACCAUGAAAUAUUAAUAUAUGAUUCGCAACAACUAAUUGUGACAAUUAUAAGUUUCCUAUCAUAUACUCUUUUGCUUUUUCAAUGUGUAGACUUCAAGGAUUGGUUAAAAAAAAUAGAAUUUAAUUGGAAUGAAUUAUGGAACAAAGAAGAGUUUAGAAUACUUAAAUCAAAUGCUCUGAUUGGAAAACAUAUUACACUUAUUUAUCUUGAUAAGAAGAUUGGUACCAAUUGA